UUAUUUUAUAUAUUUAUGCUUUCAUUCAAAGUAAUUACUUUGAAAAGAUCAAAACUGGAAUCAAAUUUAGGUAUUUAUGAAGAUAACGAUAUUAUCCUCAUUCGGCUGACCAAGUCAUACAUUCAAUUUCUUUUUAAAAAGAAAAAUGAAAAAAAAGAAAUUCUCAGUGAACUUUUGCAGUUCUCUUUGCUUGAACUUGUAGCUUUCUUGGCAACUGGGCAGUGCGGGAAGGUUUUAAUGGAAGAUUUGAGCAUCAAUAGAGGAUUUGCUGAACCUGAAAACCAGUUAUCUGUCCAUCAUGAUGUUAUGAAUAAUACAUCACAUAUUCUGGACUUCCUCUUAUUUUCCUCGCCUAUGGAUGACAUUUUCACUUGUCUUUUAACAUGGACAACUAAUAUAAGUCGCAGAUUCAUCAAUUUCGUCGAGAAUCUUGUUCUCCAAGAUGUCUACAGAUGCAGAGAAGGUUCCAUUGCCGUAUCUUCGAUGUAUUGCAUGGAAAAUUUGAACUCCGGCCUCUGUCAAAGAAGUUCCUCGGAGCUUGAGGGAGAAUUUCUUGCAAAUACAGAUUCUAGAAUUAUAAAAACCAAUAACUGUCGGCAACUAAGACGAGAUGUCCAUUUCGUCUUUCAAGGGUAUCCGUUUUCUUUCCUUUUACUUGCAUGAUAUGGGAGUGAAUAUAUGAACAAAAUGGUUGAUUCUUUGAUGACUCGUUCAAACUUUGCGUUGGAAUAUGCCAUUUCCGAUUAGUUCAAUAGCAAUUUAGAUAUGAUAUGCAGAAGUUACCCUGACUAUAUGCUUAAAUAUCUAAUAAUACAGCUGAAAUGAUAUUGUUCGUAGUAAUGCAUCUGUAUUCCGUUUUUU